AUGGAUAGGAUUAUAUGUUGGAACGUCCGAGGGAUCAAUAGCCAGCAUAAGCAAAAUGCAGUAAGGCAACUUAUUGCCCAUCAGAAAGCUGGUUUAAUUGAUCUUCUUAAGACGAGAGUUAAGGCUCCAAAGCUUGGAGCCUUGUAUGUUCAUAUGUUCUUAGGUUGGUGCUUCACCACUAACAGUGCGUGGCACAAAGGAGGAAGAAUUAUAGUUGCUUGGAAUCCUUUGAGAUUCAAUGUAAGUAUACUCAGCUGCUUAAAUCAGCUCAUUCAUUUGUUUGUUGCUACUGUGGAUAAUAAACAUAGAUUUUUCACUACAUUUGUAUAUGGCUUUAAUGAUGAAGAGGGAAGGAAAAGUUUGUGGCAAAGUUUACAGGAUUUGGCCAGAGUUGAUCCCUGGGUAGUGCUUGGGGACUUUAAUGAUAUCCUAACCAGAGAUGAAAGAAUUGGGGAUAGAGUAAGUUGGAAGAUGUUAAAUACAGUGGGAAUUUCUAUACUUGGAGUAAUAAGCAGCAGGGAUCAGAUAGAAUCUACUCCAAGAUUGAUAGAGUUAUGGCUAAUCAAGCGUGGAUGGAUAAUUUUACUACUGCUGAAGCUAGUAACAGUGCAUUCUGACAUUCCUAGUGGUAAGAAACCGUUCAAGUAUUUUCGGAUGUGGUCCUCCCACCCUCAAUACCACCAAGAAAUAAGUAGGGUGUGGCAUCAGAUGGUUAAAGGGACUAAAAUGUUCCAAGUUGUGACUAAACUUAAGGAUCUUAAGGCUGUCUUUAAAGAACUGAACAGGCGGGGUUUUUCAAAAAUUCAUAUGGCUGAUAUGCAAGCUAGAGUGAAGCUGAAUGAAUGUCAGAACAAGAAGCAUAGAGACCCUUUGAAUGUGGAUCUGCAGUAUCAAGAGUUGGAAGCUAGAAGACAUUAUGCAGGGGUGCAUAAAGAUUACUGCUCAUUCUUGUCCCAAAAAUCUAAGGUUACCUGGGUAAAAAAAGGUGACGAAAACUCUGCCCUUUUUCACUCCAGUAUCAAAGAAAGAAGAUGUCAAAACAGGAUAUAUUCCAUUAUUAAUGCAGAAGGGAAUAGAGUGGAGGAUCCUAAUGGUGUGACUGAAGCAUUUUUAUCCUACUAUCAAUCUCUACUGGGCACUCAAAUGGAGAAUAGGCAGCCAGUUAAAGUCUCAAUAAUGGCUCAUGGUCCUGUGCUUUCUAGACAGCAGGCAGAUUUUCUGUUAGCUGAGUUUACUAAAGAUGAUAUUAAAGAAGCUGUGUUUAGCAUUCCUGGUAUCAAAGCUCCAGGGCCUGAUGGUUAUUGCAGCUACUUCUUUCAGGACAAUUGGGAGUUAGUUGGAAAUGAGAUAUUUGAAGCUAUAACAUCGUUCCUACAUACAGGGCACCUGCUGAAAGCGAUUAACUCUACAGUUAUUACACUUAUUCCUAAGUGCAAAUGUCCUAAUACUAAAGUUGGGGACAAGGAUGAGUUUCAGUUUCAUGAUAGGUGCAGGGAUUUAAAGCUUAAUCAUCUAAGCUUUGCCGAUGAUGUGUUGCUGUUCUGUAAGGGUGACUUCAAGAGCAUAUAUCUAAUGUUGCAGGGGCUGAAGUUCUUCUCAAAGUCCUCUGGUUUGACCCCAAACAUAAAAAAAACUGCCAUUUAUUGCAGUGGAAUGAGUGAGGAGGAGAUUCGAAGGGUACUUGAUGUGUCAGGAUUCAGUAGACAUGAUAUGCCGUUUAAGUACCUUGGUAUACCCAUCUGUGCCAAGAGAAUCUCAGCUGUUGAGUGCAAAUUAUUGGUUGAGAAGAUGACAGCCCGAAUCAAGAUCUGGAGCUCCAGAAACUUAUCUUUUGCAGGUAGAUCAGUUUUGAUAAAUUCUGUGCUCCUGUCUAUUCAUGCCUAUUGGAGUCAAAUCAUGAUUCUACCUAAGAAGAUUAUAUCUGAAAUUGAAAGCAUUUGUAGAAGUUUUCUUUGGAAAGGGCAGAGCAGUAUGAUUGGAUCUGGAAGUGUGGCUUGGAAGAGGCUUUGUAAGCCUAAGAAGGUUGGAGGAAUUGGAUUCAUGAGCAUUUCAGAGUGGAACCGAGCAGCUUUGAUUAAAAAUGCUGGUCAAUUGCAACAAAGAAAGACAAUCUAUGGGUUAACUGGGUACAAGUUGCUUAAUCAACUACAGGAGUGCUUCCAUUGGAGUAAAGCAGUCUGGUGCAGGCUUAAUAUUCCAAAGCACAGCUUUGUGCUCUGGAUUGCAGUUCAAGAUAGACUCAAAACCAGAGAAAGGCUUCGUAGGUUCAAUAUAACAGGUGAAUCAACUUGUGUCCUCUGCCGUGGAGCAGAUGAAACAGUGGACCAUCUGUUUUUCGGUUGUUCUUUCUCUCAAGAUUGUUUACAACAAUUGAAGAAUUGGCUGGGAUGGAGAGCUCACAUAGAAACAUUACAUGGCCUUCUUAGAUGGAUACAGAGGUCCAAGAGGAGCCAGUUUCAGAAGAGUGUUUUAGCUGCCUCUGUUGCUUCUCUGGUUUAUCACUUAUGGCAGGCUUGGAACAACAAACUUUGGCAAUCAAGCAUUGUGUCUCCUAAGUUGUUAGUCCAGGAAGCAAAAUGGCAAAUCAAAACUAGGAUAACUUGUGUUAUGCCUAAGCAUGUAGCUCAAGUAGAUAAGACAUGGUUUGAUUUAUUGUAA